AUGAAGGUGAGGGUUUGGCUUGCAAAAGGAAAAGGUGUUCGAAGGUUCAGUACUUCGAAUGAGUCUGUGCAGAUGACGGAAGCAGAAGCAUGCAAAGGGUUUGACUUGUUCUGUGAGUUUGCAACAUGUGUUGUCCCAAGCUACAACUGGGACGGGAUCGCCAUGGAGUAA